UAGAAUAUAACGCUAGCUCCUGUGGGAGAAAGGAAGACGUGCUGAAGGAAGGAAAGACAUAGAUACAUUAACUAGGGGAAGAGGAGAUUAAUAUCUAACCUUAAGUAAAGGUAACAAGGACGUUGGGGAUCACGUAAGGGCCAGGCAGCCUAACUACAGAGCCAUGGCAAAGUGCAGUCAGGUGAAUGAACCUAUGUUAAGUACACACGGCCUAGGGUACACUUAGAAAAGUACAUGAAAGUAGGUAACAAGUUAAGUACAUAUGGACUGGGUGCACUUAGAAAGAAACACACGUGAAAGGAAAAUGGGACAAACACCAAGAGUAAGCAUGCGAUGCAUGCAUUAUUUUUAUAUCCACGUGAGGAAAGUUUGGCCACCAUUAUGUUAGAAAUAAGAGCAGAUAUGGGCGUUAUCCUCAGAUGUGGGCGUUAUCCAUAGGAUUGAAAGAUAAUGGUGGCAGAAAGCACAAAGGGUUUUUCUUCAUUUACAUAAAGCAUGGACCUAUGUAUUGUAUGUGCAUAAAAGCAGAGCUGGGGCCUGAGAAAGUCAGUUGUUCCGCGGACCAGCUCGGCUUUGAUACUUUCUAUUAAAGUCUAUAUUGAAUUCACAAGUUCUUGUAAGAGUGUUACUUUUAAGACAAUUUUCCACGACAUAUUUUGGCGAGCUUGCCAGGAGCUGCAGGGACCUCAAAUAACGGCGUUUUUUGGUUGGUGACGGUUUCUCUGGACAAUCUCACAAACAAGUGGCCACCCAACUAUAAAUAAGGUAAGCUUGUUCUUACAAAUAGUUGAAAUGUUUGUGUAGAUUGCUUCAGAGAUUCAGCCUCAACAAAGAAGGCGCCACGUAGGUCUCUCUAUUUAAGAACUCCUAAAAAUCUAUUAGUACUGAAAGAACUUUUGAAUUCAAUAAAACUGCACGCAUGCAUGCAUUGGGGAUUGUUAAAAAUGAUAUGUGUACAUUUUGUUGUGAUUACAUGCGCAGUGGGUAGUGGACCAGCUGGUGUGGGUAUCUAGCGGGGAGGGCUUGCGCCUGCGCUGAUUGGACCGUUCUAACGGGCCCACGUGUGGUUUUGUUGGGAGGGAUUGUCCCGUCUGAAUCUGCUUGGCCGAGUUCGACUGUUUCAGGACCUGUUUUGGGAUGUGCGUUAACACAGCCCAAUCAACCUGAUCAGGCGGUUCGUGUUGGGUGGGUGAUUCGGGUUGGUCCUCUCACGAGACCAUAAAUCUGGGAACCUUGUGUGGCCCAAGAGGUGUGUGCAUUUGCUCUCUUUCGGCUGGACUGCCUGACCUAGCGUGGGGCUACUGCUGCUGUGUGCGUGUGGUCAGAACAAAUAGAUAGAAAUCCUACACAAUCACGCCUAGGAGAAAAUUAGAGGGCUUGAUUGGGUGGGCUGCUCACGAUAUCGCUCGAGGAACGAGGAUCUGUAUGCAGUGAGCAGGUAGGGCACGGGAGAGAUUCGACCUAGGUAGGCGAAUGGUAACCGUGAAAAGUUAGUCCUACAGAUAAUAACGCUCCGCUUUGCUAACGGCGCCGGAAGAUCAGUAGGGUCCACCACGUAGCUGCUCUGAGGAACGGAGGACAGUACGAGGGGGGGGACAAACAGUGUGAAGGGAAACUGACCCGAUUAGGCAGGACUUCCGUCAUAUUGUGUAUAAACGUAAAUGGGAGAGGAAGGGAAACUGACCCGAUUAGGCAGGACUUCCGUCAUACCAUAAAAACCUGAAUGAGUGGACGCUUCUCUGUGUUGAGGAAGUGAAUCAGAGAAGCUAAAGACUGCAGUUAAAUAUAGUAUAUACUGGUGUGUGUGUGUGUGCCAACUAGUCAAGGGGAAGGAAUGCGCAAACCUCUCUGUGACAGUUGAUUAAGUGUAAUUUGAGAAGGGUGCGUCUAGUGAGUACUAGGAAGAAGAAGUGAUAAAUCAAUAGGUAUUGAUUAAAAGGAACUAUGUAAAGAUAACACAUUAACAUAAUACAUGUGAUAAAUAACUAUUCUAGAAUGCAUAGGACUUGUUGAAUAAAGUAUCAAACAAGACACAUAUAGUAUAUACUGGUGUGUGAAGUAAAGAGAUAAAACAUACAGAUAGGCAACAGAUAUACUAUAUGGUUAAAAUAAACUCAGGCUACUUAGAAUAAAUAGUAACAACAAAUACAUAAAGAACCAUACCAUGGUAUAGUCUGUAGUAUAUACUAGAGAUCUUACAGUACCGUGAAGGACGGUAGGAGGAAAACGGGGGGUAUCACUGUAGCUGCAGGACCCCUAAGAAGUUACACCAUCUUGGAGAGAGAGUGGGUCUGGAGAGACUCUACAAGUAUAGAAAAUAGGUAGGAUAAAUUAGGAAUAUAAGUAACAGUAGGAUAGAAUAUCAUAAGUGAAUAAAUAUAAAGAGAUAAGAAAGUGUCGAUAUGAACAACAGCUGAAUUAGACAGGAAAGUGUGAUAAAUAGGAUGUAAUAAAGUUAAAGUAAUGGAAUUUAGUAAAGCCAUGGAGUCGCUGAGAGAAGCGCACAAAAAUUCCACCAAUUUGGUUUGAAUGUGAAAGAGCAAACUGGAUAAUGUAGGGCAACAUUACCCGGUAAACUGGAUAAAUAGAAUCAAAUAAAACCAGAAUAAGAAGCUCAACUUACCAUUGUUUUGAAAUCAGCAUUCUAUCAUCAGAAAAUACAUUACGAUGGGGGCCAGAUAUGACUCUGCUCGCCUCGCAGACGUGCGAGGGGUGAGUAGAGCAAUAAAAGCCAUAAAAUAUCAAAACGUAAGAAGAUAGCUCCCUGUUUUAGAUAUGGGAAGAAUGUGAGUAGGGAGACACUGAAGCCUGGUGCAGUGGCAGGAAAUGCAGCUUACAAGAGUGUGCAUCCUUUUCAAUAGAGCAACAACUAAUCGUUUUGAGGUUAGUAAGAAUGGAACUUUCACAUAGCGGUGUAUGGUCUCCGUUCGAUCAAUGAGUGAUUAAUAGAGAUUACAGUUUCUAUGUGAUGAAAGACGUAUUAGAUCACGUUCUGCCUGACUGUUAUCAGAGCACCGAUGGGAUUUACAAAUGGUUCCACUUGGUAUCAUUUUGCUUUGAAACAAUCGUUUCUGUGGUGAUAAAAUACGAGGAUGAUUUGUUAUUAGCGUUGAACAACGGAAAAUAAACUUAUAUGAGAGAUCACCACCUUUGUAAAUUAGUUGGAGGAACAGGCAAAGCAAAGUUUAACAUAUUUGAGGUUUUCAAUUUCUGAAAGCAAGACUUAACCCGGGAUCGGGUAGAAACUAUGCGUUCUGAAACAUGGCUAAACUCUCCGCGCAUGCUCAGGAAAACGUAAGGGGUUUUCAAUAUUGUUAGACAUUUCAUGCCGACAUUCUCUGAAACUGCUAAAACACUUGUGGAAUGGAAUCAAGAGCGUGAGGAAAUGUUUGUCGGUUUAAAGAAGUAAUUGGGUUAAACGCCAGCAUUGGGAUUGCCAAAUUUAAAUUAAAACUUUUAAAAUGUUUGUUAGUUUAUGAACAUAGUGGAGGAUUGAAGCAAACAUUUAAUGAUUGGAGUAAGGAUAGUGGAAUUAUAAUUAUAAUAUUAAGUAUAAAAGUAAUACUAUUGGCUUGCUGACUAAAGGGUAACAUUGUGAAUACUAACGAAAUGUACACUUUCUUUCCAGAAGGGGUUUUCAUUUUCUCUUGUCAAAAAUGUCCUUGGAAACUGCAAUACUGGGGAAAGCAGUUAGUGAUAGUCGGCUGUUUUAAGAGUAAAGUAUCUGGAUUAGGCUAUAAAUGGAGUUCCGGAUAAGCCCGGUUCCUGUGUGUUCUUGACAUACCAGCAAGUACACACCAUACCGGGAAAGAAUAUGCGUUAGUGGAUUUAUUUAGAGAAGAGAUAGUGUAAAAUGGGAUGCUUGGAAAUGUUGUUCAGGCUAUUUUGGUGGGAUGCCAAAAGCACUAGUAUGGAUAUACCAGAGUGCAGAAUAACGGAUUAGUUUACAAAUGCUCUACAGUGGUUAACCAAUGGUUUUGUAUUAUACUGAACUAACGACACAGGUUAAAAUGAUAAGAUUACUGGAAAGGUCCUCUGGGAUUUAAUUUGGAUGGACCUUUUUCAAUCAGUUUUAAACUGGGGAUACAGGAAGAUGGAAAUGUUUUGAAAUAUAUCCAAAUGGGUUCUGAAGGACAGGGACAGAGAAGGGAGAGGAAACAAUUAAUGGUGUCAAAUGCCCUGAAUCCUAAUAAUUUCCCGUGAAGACUGAUCAACUUCACUAGAAAUUAUUGGAACAGGUGGGAUUUAAAUAUAAAAUGAAUAAGAAACACCAGUCUCUAUUCAGAGUGUACAAUUACUUUGAAAUUCUAUUAUUUCCAUAUGAAAAUGAUAAAGAGCUGUAAUCUUAAAUUGACUAGUUACUAAAAUAAUUGUAUUUUUGAUUUAACAUGUUGUUGAAUCAUGUGUUCAGAGGGAAAAUGAGCAGUUCCAUGGGGUUAUUGUCUUUGGGUAAAUAUACACGUGCUUUGUUCAGUCUGCAUAUAGAAAGGAAAUAUCUGUUAACAAGGGAUGACAGCCACUCCAAAUAGAUUAUGAUACAAGUAAAGAUGAUUUCAUUGCGUGUUUUUGUUUCAAUACAACAUUUGCAACAGUGGGAUAUUGAGGUUUGCGAGAGGUUAUGUUGUUAAAUGAUCUGUAACUUGUCUGAGAGAUCACCAGUAGAAUAAGGGAGUUAUAAUGGAAGGUGAUGUCAGAAUGCAUGGGAGAGAUAUUUUUACAACAAGUGUGUGUGAAGCUCGAACUCUCCCUAACCAGCGGAAGAGUGAGGGACAACUGCGUCUGAUGACCUGUGAACUGUAUCUGAAAUAGACAUGCUGGAAUGAUAUGUGCUGGAGGAGGAAGACUAAAAGGGGAAUAGGUUACUGACCUUUCAUUACCAGGCCUCUCAUGACAGAAAAACAGAGGCAAUGGGGGUUGUAAUAUGAAUAGAUAGUAUUGGUAUUACAAGUUUAGUAUUAUUGUACAUUUUUAAGGGAAUGAAGCACUAAGAACUGAAUUCUGAUUUGGGUUGGACAAUUUAUAAAACGUUUUAGUUAUGAUUUGGAUAUAGAACUGUUUAAAUGUACUAGGCCUAGGGAAGCUCUGGAAACUAAAUCCUGAGACGGGGAGGUUGACAGAACUUACAGAAGAUUAAAGGUUUUUGUUUCUUUUGUUUUAUUAUGUCAUUACAAAUUUAAUGUUAAACUGUAUUGAUAUAAUUGAUUGCAUAAAAAGUUUAUAGUCUGUUUUGCGAUACACACAAGGAUGAAGGUGGAGACCAACAUUAUGAGUAGUGAUUUAGAUACAUUAUGAGUAGUGGUCACUUAUUACAAAUAUGCAGUUAUUGUAAUUUAUUUUGCUCUUUUCUUGUCUGGUCAAUUUAUUUUAAUUUUAAGGAACAUAAGUGUGUUUAUUGUUCCUGAGGAGGGAAUGAUAUAAAUUGACUAAAAUUGAUUUGAGAAUGUUUAAGUAUGUAUCAAACUGUGGAAGGAAAUUAGUAGUAAAUUAUGUGUUAUGGGUUAGAAAAACUAUGACUGCAUUGGGGAUCUGAGGGGCUCAUAAAUGAAGGUAAUGGUAGUAGAGGGGUGUUAUUUCUAGAGACUAUGUAUAUUAAUAGAAGAGAGAACUCACAGAAGAGAAAGGACAGCUGGCUGUGAAAAAUAUUUAGAAAAAAUAUAUAUAUAUAUAUAUAUAGGAAUGCACAACAUAGGGACAAUUCUGAGUAAAUUGAACAUUACACAUACCUAGAGUAUGGGAAGAAUAAAAGUGAUAGUGGUGACAUUUAACACUAUGGUAAAAGUUUAAGAGAGUUAUGACUUGGAGUUUUAAGAGGUUGGAUAGUCUUCCAACUGGAAGACACUUGACUGAUUACAUGUUAUUCCAACAGCAGUUGCUGUAGGGACCAUAAUUUGGCUAUCAUUAUGUAUAAGAAUAUCUGUGGUAGGAGGCGAGGUAAUUGAGACACUGUUUAAAUAGGGCUGUUAUUUAAAUAUUACAAGGUAGUGAUCUUGACAUGUGAAAGCAUAUAUCUGUUGUCAGGAAAUAACCCAUGUGGUAGUGUGUAUGUCCUCAGGAUUGAGUGUACAUCAAGAUACACCAGGCUGGGGGUAUACUUCUUACAGCACCUGCAGUGGUAAAGAUCAUCAUGUCUCUCUUCGGUGGGCGCAUAAUUCUCACAAGAAGUAAGGUCCAGCUGAACAAUGGGUGAGCUUGAAAGCACCAUGACAGGGGACGCGGAGAGAGAGAGACUAGAUUCCACUGUAGACAUACAGUUGUUGGGUUUGGGAGCUACUUAUUUUAUUGAUUAAUGCAUCAUAUGAAAAAAGGACAGAUGUUAGGGUAAUUGUGCUCUAAACAACAUGUUGAAGGCAUUAAUGUGAAAGCAUAUACAGUAUUGAAUUACUUCAAGAAGAUAUAAUGUUUAUUAGGGAUAUGCCUAUCAGUUGAAAUGGAGUAGAUGGGAAACAAAGUGAAAAUGACAUGAUUUGGGAACACCUCUCAGAACCUGGAGCCGAAAGGGGAAGACUGGGUGGAAGCACGAGGAAGCUUUUUAGUGCUUUUAUUUUUGUGGAUCCCAGCAGAAAAGUAUCCUGGAGGCAUAGAGUCAGGUGAAGAGAGAGUGGGAAUUGUCAUGGUCUCAGAUUUCAGUUUCCAUGAAUAUAUUUAUGCAUGACAUAUCACAUUGUCAAUACUGUUGUGUUUUUGUUUUCCACAUUCCAAGUCUUAUGCUUAGGAACCAGAAGGAGAGGAGUCGCCAGCUUCAGCUGGAAUGUUAGUUGGUGUAUGAUGAGUGAUGGAAAUAAGUGGAUGUAUGGUGUGAUCAUAAAACAGAGGCCAUAAGUCUCUAAGUUUGAAUGCCUCACAGAAAGAAGGCAGAAACCUGAACCAGGACCAGAGGUUCCACGUCUGAUGAUCCAAGAAACCAGGUCCGAGUGUUCCGGAAGAAAGGAAUGAGCCAAGGAGGGAGGGUCCCUACAAGGUGGCUCGAAUAAUGUUAACUACCAUCCAGGUGAAAGGAAGCAACACGUGGUACCAUCUAAACCACUGUACCAAAGUCCCGUCAGGAAGGAGGAGCCAGGCAGGAGACAGGCAGGAGUCAGGCAGGAGCCAGGCAGGAGACGAAGAGGAGGUGUAUCGAGGAGCAACUUUCAACAGCCAACAGACACUCUCUCCUGAAUAUCCAGAGUCCAGGGAUGAGGAGGAGUGACAUGCCUGUUGCUCCUGAUGACAUACCUACUCUGGCAGAUACCCCUGAUAGAGGUGUUGUUCAAGGGGACGGAGAAACAACGACAGGAGAAUGGAAAGGAGACUUUCUUAUCAACUUCUCUGUCCUCACAUGGUCUUUUUAACAGACAGUGGAACAGGAUAGAUGAAGAAUGGUAGAAUGGUCUUGACAGCAACAGCAACAAACCUAGAAGAAAUUGUAAAAUUACCUCCCACUAGAGACUAGUACACCAACUAAGACAAUAGAAAAACCACAGGAAAGUGGGUUGAUGCAGAAAAUCUGGACAUCUGUUACCAACUGGGGUAGCUACAAUGAAGAAACUACCCAAGAAUCAAACAUUGAUCAAACAUUUUGAAAAGCAAUAACAAAUGGCUUGUAUAGGUGGGCUCAGUAAGAAGCAACUAAACAUAGGAUGGACAAUUGCAUUUUGUCUAGCAAAUCACAUUUGUCUGAUAUUUUAAUAAUACCUGAACUUGUAUCUGUUGAAGAAUGUGUUAAAUGGAAAAUGUUCAAUGUAUUCAGAAUCAAUACUACAUACCUUUGUGUAACAUAGAAUGCAGAUUGGCAUUAGGUAGCACUAAAGAUAGAAGAUAAUUAAACCAAAAUAUGUUGAAAAAACAUGAAUGUGCAACAUAUGACAUGAAAACUGAAUGAAAUGGUCCUCAUAAUGAUAGGUUUACUAUGGUAAAAAGUAGAUAUGAAUGUUUCUACAGCUAUGGGGAUAAUGGGAUAGAUGUGAGAAACACUACAGUUAAUUGUUAAACUAUUGGGUGUUAGAAACUGCAGAAGUUAGUAAAUUUGAUGAUAAAGGAAUGAUUAUGGAUUACAAAGGUACAUGUGGUAAUAUAACUCAAGUAACACUAUCUUUUGCAGUGUUAAAGAUGUAUAACCUGGUAAUCAUUUACUAUGGAGUGUAUUGUCUAUUACCUUUCUACCUUUGACAAGGGAUAAAUUAAGUUAGAACUUCUGAAUUUUGUAUACUUAAACUUGUGGGUAAAAUGGGGAAAUUCCGGUUUCAAGUGUCCAUGGACCAUGUCCUUAGUCCUUUAGCAGGUGUUUUCAUUUGUGAUUUCACUGUUGUUACAGAGGUGUCUGUAAGGAAGGAUCUUGUUUAAGUGUCAAAUUUAGAAUGACAUUAUAAGGAUUUUCUUAUUUUCUUUAUGUUUUAAAUAACUGAGAUAAACUCAGGCAAGGCUAUGUACUACAUGUUCAUACUUCUUCAUAGUAUACUGAUUUGUUAUAUGUAUCCUCGUUCACUAUUUGAUAAGUGUGACUGGAUGUUUUACUCCUAUCCAUGUUAUCGUUUUGGAGAUGUUUGGUCCAGCAUAUGACUAUGUUUUAUCUUCUCACAUUGCGUUCUACACACUUACUAUUUGAUGGAUUAUUAUUAUUAUUAUUAUUGUUAUUAUCCAUUCCCAUCUUUAAAUUCUCUAGGGUUAUCAUGUUUUGUGUGGGACUAAUUAGUCCCAGAGGAGGGAUUUAUGUGGGAGAAAGGAAGACGUGCUGAAGGAAGGAAAGACAUAGAUACAUUAACUAGGGGAAGAGGAGAUUAAUAUCUAACCUUAAGUAAAGGUAACAAGGACGUUGGGGAUCACGUAAGGGCCAGGCAGCCUAACUACAGAGCCAUGGCAAAGUGCAGUCAGGUGAAUGAACCUAUGUUAAGUACACACGGCCUAGGGUACACUUGGAAAAGUACAUGAAAGUAGGUAACAAGUUAAGUACAUAUGGACUGGGUGCACUUAGAAAGAAACACACGUGAAAGGAAAAUGGGACAAACACCAAGAGUAAGCAUGCGAUGCAUGCAUUAUUUUUAUAUCCACGUGAGGAAAGUUUGGCCACCAUUAUGUUAGAAAUAAGAGCAGAUAUGGGCGUUAUCCUCAGAUAUGGGCGUUAUCCAUAGGAUUGAAAGAUAAUGGUGGCAGAAAGCACAAAGGGAUUUUCUUCAUUUACAUAAAGCAUGGACCUAUGUAUUGUAUGUGCAUAAAAGCAGAGCUGGGGCCUGAGAAAGUCAGUUGUUCCGCGGACCAGCUCGGCUUUGAUACUUUGUAUUAAAGUCUAUAUUGAAUUCACAAGUUCUUGUAAGAGUGUUACUUUUAAGACAAUUUUCCACGACACUCCCUAAUCUACAAUUCAACAGACUAGGGAUAAACAUCUCAUCUGGUUCACUUCGCCUGAACUCUGCAAACGACCGGCCGUAAACGAGUGUCUACAAUGAAUCAGGAAACACUCUCCCUCCAACCUUCCUCCCCCCUACCCCUCCUGGAGUCCCCGUGUCAUGCCUCUCCCGGUAGCCCCUUACUGCUGGGUCUGAAGAGGCUGUCUGUGCGGCUGGUCGACUGCAGGAAAACACCGGCGCUAAGGGACAUUCCUAACCGUCACUCUCUCAGAUGGGGCUUGUCAUCUGGGGAGGCAAAACAUCAUGAUGCUGACGAGGCAGAGAAAAGUCUCUCAAGAUCAGAACACCUCAAGAAACAACAGCAGAGACCCACAAGGAAGAAAUCUCACUGCUGCACUGACUGUGGGAAGAGUUACACCUCUAAAGUAAACCUUAGAGGACACCAGAGAAUUCAUACUGGAGAGAAACCUCACUGCUGCUCCCAGUGUGGAGCUAGCCUCUCCACUGCCAGUGCACUGGAAGGGCACAUGCGGAUUCACACUGGAGAAAAACCGUACCAGUGCUCAGAAUGUGGGCAGAGAUUUACAUACUCCAGUGGUUUACGUAUACAUGAGAGAAUAAAACACACCCACGAAAAACCACACUGUUGCUCUGACUGCGGGAAGAGAUUUUUUACAUCACAAAGCUUAAAAGCUCACUGGCGGAUUCACAGUGGAGAGAGACCGUUCCACUGCUCUGAGUGUGGGAAGAGUUUCACAGAAGCCUCGGCACUGUCUGAACACAAACGAAUACACACAGGAGAAAAGCCUCACCACUGUGAGCAGUGCGGGGGAAGCUUUUCCUCAGCUAAGUUACUCAGAAUACAUCAGAGGAUUCACACAGGGGAGAAACCUUACCAAUGCACUGUCUGUGGGAAAAGCUUCAGAUUUUUGUCUUCUUUAAGAUGUCACCAGCUAAGACAUACUGGAGAGAAGCCCCACCAAUGUACUGAGUGUGGGAAGAGGUUUGCUGUUAAGAGUGGACUCUUGCGACAUAACAUAGUGCACACUGGAGAGAAAGGCUACCAAUGCCAACAGUGUGGCAAGAAGCUAGGAUCAUCUCAUUCUCUAGAGCAGCAUAAGCGAACACACACUGGACAGAAACCCUUCCAUUGUUACCACUGUAAGUUGAGCUUUGCCACUAAUUCAGCCCUGUACAAACACCAGAGAAUUCACACAGGAGAGAAGCCACACAGCUGCAAUGUUUGCCAGAGGAGUUUUGGACGGUCGGAUCACCUGAAAAAUCAUAUGCAAAUUCACACAGGAGAAAAGCCAUACCACUGCUCUAAGUGCGAGCUGAGUUUCAGUAACGAUAGAUCUCUGAAAGAACAUGAGGUCAGACACACAGAAGAUAAACCUCAUUGCUGCUCCCAAUGUGGCGCUAGUCUGUCUUCUGCCAGGGCACUGGAAGGACACAUGCGAAUUCACACUGGAGAGAAACCGUACGAGUGCUCUGAAUGUGGGCAGAAGUUUGCACAUAGAGCCAGUCUUGGGACACACCGAAGAAUACACACAGGAGAGAAACCCUAUCACUGCUCUGACUGCAAGAAGAGCUUUUCAAGACUUGACUCUUUAAAGAAUCACAAGUUCACACAUUCAGAGAAGAUGUACCACUGCUCUCAGUGUGAGUCGAGCUGCACAACGCCAGGCGCAUUAAAGAAACACCAACUUAUACACACUGGAGAGAAGCCUUACCACUGCUCCCACUGUGACAAGAGCUUCCUUUGGCAACAAUCUCUCAAACAACAUGAGCGUUGUCACAAGGGAGAGAACCCGUAAUCUUGCUCAGAUUGUGAUAACUUUGCCACAAUGGCAACCUUGCAAAUUCACCAGCGAAGACACACAGGAGAGAGGCCAAACCAAUGCCCUUUCCCUGACUGUGGGAAGAGUUUUUCCCAGGCCAGCGCCUUGAAAGUUCACAAGAGAAGGCACACAGGAAAGAAGCCGCACCACUGUGAUCAGUGUGGGAAGAGUUUUGUCACGUCAGGUGACUUUCAAACUCACUCCAAAAAUAAUGUGGACUUAGUUUUUCUAGAUCUGAUUCCUUAAAGAUUCACCAGAGAAUCCACACAGGAGGGAGGCCGUACAGCUGCUCAGAGUAUGAUGGGUUACACCUUGAAGGGUCACCUUACUAGACACCAGCUGACACACAGGAGAGAAACUUCACCACUGCUCUGACUGUGGGAAGAGUUUUAUUCUCUUAGGCAACCUAAAAACACAUCAGUUAACGAACACCGGAGAGAAGCCUUACCACCGCUUUGAUUGUAAGAAGAGUUUUACCACGAAGGGUCAACUGAAUGGCAGAGACACAAAGGAGAGAAACCACACUACUGCUUCAAGUGUUCAGUCGACUUUAUUCCACGUUCAGCGCAAGCACAGCGGGACACCCUACCACUGCACCCUCUGUGCGCAGCUUCAGCUCACCACAGCAUCUGAAAUACCACUAGAUGAGACACGCGGGAGAGAAACCAUUCAUAUGCACCGACUGCAGGAAAAUAUUCACUCAGGCCGGGCGAUUGACUUAACACAGGAGGAUUCACACCGGAGACUAACCUCACAGCUGGGAUCAGUGUGACGAGUUUCUGUAAAAGGAGCAGUCUGCAAUCACACCAGCGGACGCACACAGGAGAGAAGCCUUACAGUUGUGAUUGAAUGUGGGAAGAGAUUCACUAAGUCAGGAAUCCUGGCUUCGCACAAGAGAAUGCACACCUGUGAGAAACCUCACCACUGCUCUCUAACGGUGGGAAAUGCUUUACCACCUCAAGUCAACUAAGUAUACACCGGAGAACACACACAGGAGCGAGGCCUAAUGGCUGUGCACAAGAUACAUUUUAUGCCUGGAUCAAAUUUGUAAUUUGUAGAUUAUGGAACACCUAUAGAGUAAUUUAUAGAAUGAGCAACAAGGACACACGUAACAACUGUGAAACGUGAAUGCUUCUAGGUUGUCCUUGACAAUGCCCAUAACUGAAACCACAAUACUUCAAAAUACAGAGGGUUUCACUCUGUGUUGUGGAUUUGACCAAAACCCAUAGUUUUUAAUUUAGGCCAAAACGUUUAAUCUGUUUACUGUGUUGCCUUGCAGUAUUACUUAACAUCUUUGUUGCAAACAGAAUGGAUGAUUGUUAGUGAUUUUCUUUAAACACAAGCCUCCUUUGUCGUACAGGCCAGUAAUGUGGACUCACCUUGGUCAAAACACCAGACUUGUUAUCCCUCACCACCAGAGAGCAGCAAGGAUGCUCAGUUCUCCCCUCUACUCACUCUACACCAAUGACUGCACCUCAUACAACUCCUCUGUCAAACUACUCUAGUGUCCAGAUUACAUCACUCUGGUCAGUCUCAUCACCGACGGCCAUUAAUCCAUGUCAUGUGGAGAGGUCGACCGGCUAGUUUUUCCUAGCCACCGUGCUUCUACGUUUGCAUUGCCUGCUGUUUGGGGUUUUCGGCUUGGUUUCUGUGUAAGAACAUUGUGACAUCUGUUGAUGUAAAAAGGGCUUUAUAAAUAAAUUUGUGGAUUUGACAACUCUAAUGCAGUUCUACCUCCGACAACAAGCCCUGAGAACAGACAUAUUUCUCAACAUGCUCACAACUUGUCAUUGGAUACAAAUUAUAAACAUUAGGGCUAGAUUCUGCCUUAACCCGUGAUAACCGACAACUGCAUAGUCAUUUCAUUGAUUUUAGUCAGGUGAUGUCUGAGGUGUAACUGCAUUAGAGCUGUCAAAUUAGCAACCGUCCCCCUGCUGUAAUACCCAUCGUGGACAUUGCCACUGGAUAAUCUCAUGCAGCCUUGUUAGAUUCGAACGUGUUUUGUAAUCUACCCCUCAAAUAGCCUGAUAUGCUGUAAUCUACACCUUGAUUAGCCUGAUAUAAUGCUGUAAUCUACACCUGAUAUGGUGUAAAAUUACAAGAUUAUGUUCUAUACUGCUUAUGCAUUGAAUAGUUGGAUCAGUUAUUUUCCACUGUGUCUGUUGGCCUGAGUUAGGCCUCUGGGUUUAAAGCCAACAGCCGAUUGGGGGUAAAAUUGUGAUAAGGCUACAUCCUGUCUUCCAGCUGUGUGGAGGAGAACUGAAAGAUUACCUUUGUAUAGCAUCAGCAAUAUGACCUGGAGACAGAAACUACACCUGAUCUGAGCUAAUCUUGUUGUUCCUGCUUGAGUGGACAAUAUACCCUUUUAUGCUUUCACACUUCUGCUGACUGCUACGUAGACAGAGCUUUUCAUAAAACCUGAGACCCAACUCUGUUCUGUUCAGGGGCUCUUAACUGCACCAUUGAGUGAUUGUUAACCAUUCCAGAAUUGCUAUUCUUAUAAUAAAACUUGUGGUUUGAA